UCGACUGACGUUCAUGUUAGGCUACGUUUAGAUGGUUAGCAUAAGUUCUUUAUUUUAUUUAUUAUAAAGAAAAAAAUAAAGCAAAACAUGUUGUAUGCACUAAGGACAUUAAUCCCAAAAAUAAUUUUCGUGUGAUAAAGUUGUUAAUGUGAAUCAUUAUGCAAAUAUCGGUGGUAUUUCUCUUUUCAGUGAUCUUACCUGUGAGGUUGUGUCGAACGGAUGUCAUGCGUACUUAGCAGCGUGCCUUGUCAUCCUCUACACUUGGAAAUGAAGUGUUUUGAAGUUCUACAUCUUUCGUUAUUGUAUGCAGUGUUAUUGCUCUUAAAAUUUUCGAUUUUAUGUCACGCUGUUUCGAGGACAAACAAAUUUGGUGUAACAGCUCCAAACAACACGUGCUACUUCUGUAGUACAGUUUUUGAUGGAGAGCCCUGUCUUACUCUUCCCACAAAUGUCUCGCGGUCUCUUCAACGUGUAUGUGGUCCCGAUGAAAUUUUCUGCACGGUUUUGCGAAUUGACUACGGACCUACAGGAGAGGACGCAUCUUUCUGGUCUAUAGAAAGGAACUGUACAAACCAUUGCCAAGAAGGCUGCGUUGUGUUAGGAGAAAAAACGAAGCUGUAUCAUUGUCGAUCCUGUUGUCAUGGCAACUUGUGUAAUAGUGGCGGUUAUGCGCCACCUAUCGCUCUUCCUUCUCAUUAUUUCAUUUAUGUGCUUUUUAGUAUUGCUAUCGUUUGUAUCUGAAUGAACAGGCAGUUCAUGCCAAAUUUUUAUAUGACCUAUUAUUCAUAUUUACUAAUAUUAUAUAUAUAUAUCUAUUUAAAGUACAGUGAAUAUUAUAGGUGAACACAUAUAUAUGUAUAUCAUUCACUAAAAACAUACGUAGUUUUGUUUCAAGUGUGAAAUUUGAGACUAUAUAUUUUAAAAGUGUUUCAAAAUUCUCGGUGUGGAACAGACUGGUUUCAUUAGUUAGGGACAACAUGUUAAAGCUCGAUGAUAUCUAUUACAGUUUAUUUUCAUCUAUAAUUAAAUAAACUGAUUCAAAAUAAUCAUGGAUUUAUUCCAUUUUUAUGUGCUGUAUAAGGUAAUUUAUGUCUUCUGAGAUUUGAUUAUCAUAUAAAACUUGGACAAAACUUUAAACUGGUAUAUGCCAUGUUUUAUUAAUAAAUAUCUUAAUCAUUUUUUGCUUGAAGUAAUUUAAAAUAUUUCUAAAUCAGGUCUUAGAUAUU